GAGAGAGAGAGAGAGAGAGAGAGGCAGGGGGACUCGGAAAUGGCAGAAAAAAUGGUGAGUGAACCUACCAGUUCGACUACCAGAAGAGAAGCUGAGGCUUCGCUGUUAUGCUGGAGCAGUGUUGAGAGCAGAGAGAUGCGCAACUGAACCCUGAAAGCUCCUGACUCAAUACUGACAGAGAAGCUUUAGAGAACACCUUUGAGGUCUCUGCAGAAGAAGAAACAAUGCAAGUCAGUGGUUUUCUCUCAACAACAUAGAAAAGGAGCAACUUGCACUCCAUCAGAGCAUUGUGGAAAAAGUGUUUUUUCUUCUCUGUCCUCUUUGGGGAAUGGUGAGGAACUACUGGAAACUUCUGUCUGACAGUCUGCAGCCUUCUCCUGAUCUAGUGAAAGAUGCCUGUGAUGAAGGGCCUCCUUGCUCCACAAAACACCUUCUUGGACACCAUUGCAAACCACUUUGAUGGCACUCACAGUAACUUCCUACUGGGAAAUGCUCAGGGUCAUCAUGGCUACCCAAUUGUGUACUGCUCUGACGGGUUUUGUGAGCUGACCGGCUUUGUUCGGACUGAGGUGAUGCAGAAAACAUGCACCUGCAGCUUCCUGCAUGGAGCCGAGACCUAUGAGAGUGCAAUCCAACAGGUGGUCAAAGCUCUGGAGUGCCAGCAGGCGUACCAGGGAGAAGUCUGCUUCUAUAGGAAAAAUGGAAAUCCAUUUCCGUGCCUCCUGGAUAUUGUGCCAAUCAAAAAUGAGAAAGGUGAAGUGGUGAUGUUCCUCUUGUCCUUUAAAGACAUCAGUGAAUCAUAUGGGAAAAGCCAUCCCUGCGGCCAAGGAGACGGUGUGUCAGAGGCUGCUCACCAGAGUAGGAAAAGGAAUCGAUUGCACUUUUCUCAAGCUCGAGAGGGGGGGAGGACUAUUCUGCACAACCUUACCAACCUGUUCACCAAGAGGGGCAAGAGGAAACUGACCAGUAGUAUAUUUCAGAAACCAUCUCUGCCUGAGUACAAGGUGGCAGCUGUUAAGAAGUCCCGUUUCAUCCUGCUACACUACAGCAUCUCCAAGGCCUUGUGGGACUGGUUGAUUCUACUGGCGACCUUCUACGUUGCUGUCGCCGUGCCUUAUGACAUCUGCUUUGUCAGUCAUGAUGAGGGCAGCCACCAUCACUCACUUUUCAGCCGCAGAACCAGUGACAUAGCAGUGGAGAUGCUCUUCAUACUUGAUAUUAUUCUGAAUUUCCAUACAACCUAUGUGAGUCAGUCGGGUCAGGUGGUGUACGACGCCCGCUCCAUCUAUCUCCAUUACUGCACCACUUGGUUCUUUGUGGAUCUAAUCGCAGCGUUGCCCUUUGACCUUCUCUAUGCUUUCAACAUCACAGUGACCUCGCUGGUGCACUUGUUGAAGACGCUUCGUCUGCUACGUCUGCUGCGCCUGUUACAGAAACUGGAUCGCUACUCCCAGUACAGCGCUGUGGUCCUGACCCUGCUCAUGUCUGUGUUUGCUCUGCUGGCUCACUGGAUGGCUUGUGUCUGGUAUGUCAUCGGACGCAAGGAGAUAGAAAGCAGUGACCCCAUUACCUGGGACAUAGGCUGGCUUCAGGAGUUGGGAAAGCGUCUGGACACACCAUUCAUCAACAGCACCAUAGGUGGUCCCUCCAUCACCAGCGCCUACAUCGCCUCUCUCUACUUCACUCUCAGUAGCCUCACCAGUGUCGGUUUUGGCAAUGUGUGUGCUAAUACAGACGCUGAGAAAAUAUUCUCCAUCUGCAUUAUGCUCAUUGGUGCCCUGAUGCACGCAGUGGUCUUUGGCAAUGUGACAGCCAUCAUCCAGCGCAUGUACUCACGCCGCUCUCUCUACCACACCCGAAUGAAGGAUCUCAAGGACUUCAUCCGUGUGCAUCGGCUGCCUCAGCUGUUGAAGCAGAGGAUGCUGGAGUACUUUCAGUCAACCUGGUCUGUCAACAAUGGCAUUAAUGCCAAUGAGCUGCUGCAUGACUUCCCAGAUGAACUGCGAGCUGAUAUUGCCAUGCACCUGAACAAAGACAUCUUGCAGCUGCCUGUAUUUGAGCGAGCCGGCAGAGGGUGUCUGCGCUCCCUUUCCCUGCACAUCAAGACCUCUUUUUGUGCCCCUGGAGAAUAUCUUAUACGUCAUGGAGAUGCCCUACAAGCCAACUAUUUUGUCUGCUCUGGCUCCCUGGAGGUUCUGAAAGAUGGCAUGGUGCUUGCCAUCCUGGGAAAAGGUGACCUUAUUGGGGCUGAUCUCCCUGAACAGGACCAGGUGAUCAAGACCAAUGCAGACGUAAAGGCGCUGACCUACUGUGACUUGCAGUACAUCAGUGUUCGAGCUUUGAGGGAGGUCCUUGAGCUGUACCCGGAGUACGGCAACCGGUUCAGUUCUGACAUCCACCACAACCUUACCUACAACUUGAGAGAGGGCAGUAAAGCUGAUGGAGCAACAAAGCAUCCAUGGUCUUCAAAACUGUCACAGCCUCAUGCUUCCACGGGCCAUAAACUACCCUAUAUUGUUGAGGCAGAUGAUAAUGAACAUGGACAGGACAUGAGCCACUCUCAGCAGAGGAGACUGCCUUUGUUCCACGGGAUCAGCAGCCCUGUUCGUCAACGCUGCCUCAGCAGCCUGUUAGGAGAGGAGUUCCGCCACAUCAAUGCACUCCACAUCACUCGGUCACCUGUUCAGGACGGUAGAGGCCGGAGUCCCUCUCCUCAGCCAAUUGCCAAUCAGGAGCUCUCUCCUUCUCCUUUGCCCAGUCUUUCCAGUGACCCAGGCUUAACCGAUCGGCCGGCGAGUCUACUCAUGCCAUCCUUGCCUUGUAUCAGUCCACUGAACCUUAGCCCCAGGGUUGUGGAUGGAAUUGAGGACAAUGAUCACACAUUUCAAUUUAACAUAGAGCCGAGUGACACAAAGACCAAUGUAACAGACCAGUUCCACGUGAGUGCUAACCUGCUUCUAGAGACAGAGGUAGUGAGACAGAACAUCAGCAAACUGAACAAAGAGGUGAGCGACUUGAACCAAGAAGUAUCCAACCUGGCCAAGGAGCUCCACAACAUAAUGCUUUUCAUGCAGUCUCAUGUGGCCAUGCUCCAUGCCCUUCCAGAUUCCACAUAUUCUUGUGGCAUACAGAUGGUUCCCAGUCCUAGUGUGACUCAACCCCAUGUCCCUUUAAAUAUUGCCACUGGUCUUCACCCUCAUCAUGAAUCAAUUAGCCACCCUACCAGAAAUGUUUGGAGCUGCAGUGGCAUGCCCUUCCAGGGCAGAAGUCCCGACUUGCUGCACUCUUCAAGUCCUGUGCCAUCCUGUUUACACCUGUGCUGCUCUGACAGAGAAGGGGCCCCAGUCCAUAGGUUACAGAGCCAGUACGCCUUCCAAGCAGCCAGAACAACACCAAACUCUCCCUACAUGACCCACCCGCAUGCCAGAGGUGGUCCAUCCCUCCUGGGCCUCAGUUCUGCCUUCAGUAGCUUCCCAGUGUUUUCUCAGGCCACCCAGGUGCCAUACAACGUCUCUAUUCCCACAAUGAGCAACUCUCACCCUUUGUGUUCCCCAGGUAAUUAUGGCUACGCCCGUCCAUCUCUGAGCAUUCAAACUAACUCUGAUCCCAAUCACAAUCAGACCGCCCCAGUCCUCCACUCCCAGACAGGCCAGCCGCAGUAUCACACUACCUUCAGCACAGUCACCCCUUCAGCGGCCCAUACUUCAACAUUCAUAGGGAACAACCAGAGCCACCAGGGCUCUAUCAUUGGCCCCAGGCAAAAUGACCCAGUAGGAUCCAGCCCUGUCCACCUAACACAGGACCUUGCAUCUUCUCUUCUGGGUCAGGUAACAGACAGAGACUGUAGAGCUUCACUGUAUCAAGAGAGGACAGACAGUAUUGAAUCUCAAGAUACAUGCAUCAGUACUCCAAAUGUAGAAGUUUAACCACCUCUCUUGGACGUGGAGGGAAUACAGAGCUCACACUGAUGACCCAGGUAUUUUGUUGUGUUACUGUAGGAUAAAAAUGCUUUCCACCAAUUAAAAUGUUUCCUGCCCAAAUGCACAAACUACUGCUGAAACCCGAUUGCCAAAACUGAAUGAAACAUUUUGUAAAUUA